AUGAAUAAUCCAAAGAUUACGCCUCGAGAAAAAGAUGAUGUGGUCAUUGAAGAGGAAGGUGGUGUGUUCGAACGGAAAAUUGAACAUGCUCGUUCAUCAGCACAAGGCAAACGACAACGAGAUGAUUAUUCUGAUGACUCACAGAACAAGUAUAGGCAACAUUCGGACGGUAGUCGUUUUGCUACGACAACUACACAACAAGAUGCAUUACCUGUUCCAUUUUGGAAACGUAUCAAUCGUGGACAAAUUGCAUUUGAAACUCGUGAGGUCGGUUGUUUUUCGUUACUCAAUCGAACAGAUGAUAAAGAGUGUUUCGAUGACAAACGAUAUCUUCGUGUGUACAAAUAUCCACUUCAAACAUUGAACGUCAAUUUCGAUUUAAAAAUUGGCGAAGCUGAUUUUGUUUCUGAAGGUCAAAGUAAAAAUAUCAAUGCCAUGCUUUGGUGGCUGUUGCAACGUAAACAAGAUAUUUACAAAAACAAUCGAUUUACCUUCGAUUUUUUGUCAUGGCGCGGUGUUCUUCGUCUAAUCAUGUUCUCAAUAUUUGAAAAACAGUCCGACUGGUUAUUAGCAGUUGUGAAAUUUAAAAAUGCGUAUUUUCUGUGCGAGUACGUCACGGAAAAACAAUUGAAAGAGGAAGAAAAUAUGUCACCUGAACAUCGGUCAUUCUGCUACUACGGGCAUAAAUUUGAAGAGUAUGUCACUAAGAAUAAUCUUUCUACGGAAACGCUCAACCCUUCGAAGCAAUUCUCGGGAGUGUUUCAAUCAACUAUCGGCUCCUAUCGGUUGUUAUACGGUGCUGAAAUGGAUUGUGUGAUCGAACAAUCAUCAUCCAUAACUGAACACAUCGAACUUAAAGUCUGUGCUGGAAAAACACUCGAUGAUUUACCAUUUCGCCAUAAUCGUAAAUUCGCUAAAUGGUGGAUUCAAUGUUUUCUUGUUGGUAUCAAAAGGAUGAUCAUUGGUUUACGCGAUAAUAAUGGUAUUGUGAAUACUGUUUGUCCGUUGGAUAUUUCUUCGAUCGAACGAGCAGCAGAAACGUGGAAUCGUUCAUCGUUUUUCAAUUUCUUUCUUAUUUUCGCGGAUUUUCUCUCGAAACACGUCAUCACCGAUUAUACAAACGAUUAUAAAGACGUUGUCUUAUUUCGUUUUCUUCCAUCGUUACAAAAAAUAACUGUCGAAAAAUCCUCGGAUCCAAAGUAUCAUUUUAUUCCUGAUUGGUUUUCCAAAGAAUUUCUCUAG